AUGGCCUCUAUUCGCGUUCUUUCCUUCGAUGCUGAGGGCCGUCCCGUGCAGUUCACUUCCUGGCUCGACGACCUGCAGUUGUAUCUUAUGAGCAAUAGCACGGACCACAUCUCCCUCUAUGACUACGCGUCUGGUGCUGCCGCUGCUCCUGCUGCCACAGCCGAGCUUAGUGUACGUUCACAGUGGCAGACUCGUGACGCUGCAGCUCGCCUGGCUAUUCGCAGUCACCUGCCGUUACCUGAGCUAGAGCACUUUGGCGACUGCAAAACCGCUAAAGCCCUAUAUGACGCUGUCGUCGCUCGCUACUCCUCACCUGCCACAGCCGAGCUUAGCCGUCUCAUGCUGCCUUACCUGUUCCCUGAGCUGUCCGCCUUUGCUACAGUCGCCGAUCUUAUCACCCACCUUCGCACUAGUGAUGCUCGCCUGCGUGCCGCCCUUCCCACCGAGUUCUGCGCUAAGAACCCCCCUCCCCUGUACUGGGCACUCCACUUCAUAGUCACCCGUCUCCCUGACACCCUCAGCUCAGUGCGCGACUAUUUCCUUGCUCGCUGUCCCACUGAGCUCACUGUCGCCCUCCUAGAGGAGAAGCUGCUAGCAGCCGAGAAGAGCAUUGUAGCUGUAGGUGCUGCUCGCGGCGCUCCUCGCACCCCCAUCUUUGAGGGGUGUUCUCCCUCUCCCCUCGCUCCCUCCUACGCUACUGCUGCUGCUGUUGACUUCCUUGGUGCUGAGUCUGCUGGCGCUGCUUCUGCUCCUGGUGGGAGGCGCCGCACCGGCAAGGGCAAGGGGGGCAAGGGUGGCGGGGGUGGCGCUGGGGGGGGAGGGGGUGGGGGAGGUGGGGGGGGAGGCGGUGCUGGAGGGAGCGGUGGCGGGAGUGCCGGUGGGAGUGGGGCCGGCGGCGGAGGCGGGGGCGGCGGCGGGAGCAGUGGCGGUGGUGGCAGCGGCGGCAGUGGCGGCGGUGGCGGUAGUGGCGGUGGCGGUGGCGGUGGUGGCGAGCUCCCAGCAGCAGCAGCGUCCCCAGUCGACCCAGCAGCUUCGUGA